AGAAUGUUGGAAUUCAUUGAAAGAAAUGUAGCUUUGGGCACACGUUACUUGCUCAUCAAUUUACAAUUUUAUUAUGUCAAAUUGAAAGUUGACAUGACCACUAUAUACUCAAUAAUAUGCCAUAAACAAAUCGAAUUCACCAUUAAUUUUCUUUGGGAAUCUUCACACAUGUUAUCUCAUCAUCAUAUUCAUACUAUAUAUCUAUAUAAUGGAAAGCACCUACUCCAAUUCAUCCAUUACUCUCUCUCUCAAUUUUCUCAUCAAUGGCUGAAACCAAUAAUCUCGGCAAAGCCAAGAUGAUUUUUUCAACGGCGGCUUCAAUGGCCGCCACGGCUAUGGUGGUACGAUCUUUUAUGAAUGAUUUCCUACCCCAUCAAUUCCAAGACCUCAUAUUCUCACGCAUUGGCAAUUUCUUUAAUCGAUUUUCGUCUCAGAUGACUAUGGUGAUCGAAGAGUUCGAUGGUUUCGUCAACAACGAAAUCUACGAGGCUGCGGAGGUUUACCUGAGUGAGAAAAUCUCUCCAUCGACUCAGAGACUCAAAGUGAGUAAACCAGUGAAGGAGAAGAAUUUCACUAUCGCCAUGGAAAGAGGCGAAACCAUUGUUGAUUUCUUUAAUGGAAUCAAAUUCACAUGGGUUUUGGUCUGUACACAAUCCGAAUCCCAAAAUUUCAACAAUAUGAAUUCCACGAUUCGAUCUGAAGUACGAUCGUUCGAGCUUAGAUUUCAUAAGAAACAUUUGAAUUUGGUUAUCAAAUCUUAUUUGCCCCAAAUUAUUACUGAAUCAAAAAUAGCCAAACAGGAUAAGAAAACCCUCAAAAUCUUUACGAUUGACAAUACUUACGCAAAUCUCGCCGAUAUUUGGAUGCCAACGAAUCUGGACCAUCCAUCGAAUUUUGAUACUCUGGCUCUGGAUUCGGAGAUGAAGAACUUCAUUAUUAAUGAUCUUCAGAAGUUUUUGAAGAGAAAAGAUUAUUAUAGAAAAGUUGGGAAAGCUUGGAAGAGAGGUUACUUGUUGUACGGGCCACCUGGGACUGGUAAAUCGAGCUUGAUUGCUUCCAUGGCUAACUAUUUGAAUUUUGAUGUGUAUGAUUUGGAGCUUUCGAAGCUCAAUAACGAUUCUGAUCUUAGGAGAGUGCUCGUUGCAAUGGCGAACAGAUCGAUAUUGGUGAUUGAAGAUAUCGAUUGUUCUAUCAAUUUCGAAGAUCGAAACAGGGCUGUAACAGAGUGUGAAGAGAAUAAGGUGACUUUGUCUGGUUUGUUAAAUUUCACAGAUGGACUAUGGUCAUGUUGUGGGGACGAGCGUAUUAUAAUAUUUACUACUAAUCACAAAGAGAGACUCGACCCGGCACUGGUGCGGCCGGGUCGCAUGGAUGUUCACAUCCACAUGUCUUACUGCACCCCUGAUGGGUUCAAGUUGCUCGCCUCGAAUUACCUCGGCAUUAAACACCAUGUGUUGUUUGAGGCGAUCGAACAGCAACUUAAACCCACUGAAGUUACCCCUGCUGAAGUAGCAGAGGUGCUUAUGAAGAGUGACAAUAACCCUGGAGUUGCUUUAGAAGGUGUUAUUGAAUUUCUCAAAGUGAAGAGAAAGGAAAAUGAAGAAGCUAAGUUGAAGAAAGAAAAAGAAGAGGACAAACCGAUAGAGAAGGAAUUAGAUGAAGGAAAUAAUUCUACAAAGUUUAAAUUAUUUUGGCCUGUCCCGGCCAAAAAUUAAAAAUUAUUUUGAAAAAGUACAUAAUUUUUUUUCAUAAUUUUCAAAAAUACCAUAUAUUUUUAGAACCACCUGGACAAUUGAUGUAGUAAUCCCAUGCUGGAAAGUUGGAGGUCAUGGGUUCUAAAAAGAAGUGGUCUUGAAUGUGAAUGUUCUACCUGCGAAUGACAAAAGGAAAAAACUGUAAAAUAGGGAGGGGUAAAUUGUAAAAAAUAUAAUUCUAAGGGCAAAUAAAAAAAAAUAAGCAAGUAAUAGCUUCCAUAGUUAAUCAAUAAAAAUUCAAAUUCUAUCAAAAUCAUUUUUAUUUUUAA